UGAUGAAGCAUAUUUUGCCGCCCCAUAAUUGCGAAAAUCUCAAAUCCGGCUGUUCUCCAACCCCACGGCGGCCCCGGACCGCACCCAAUGUACGAACACCUCCCCGCGUUCCCGAUCGCGCCGGCCGCCGUCGGCGACUGCCGCGGCAUCCCCUUCGACCCUUCCUUUCUCCCGCGCCUCCUCCUCUCCGCCACCUCCUGCACCUCCCCCUUCCUCGCCGAGCGCGCAGUCUCCGCCCUCCACGCGACCGGUCUCAAGCUCGGCGCGCUCCCCUCCUCCCUCCCGGCCUCGAACGCCCUCAUCUCCGCCUACUCCCAAGCGGACCUCCUCCCCUCCGCCCUCCGCGUCUUCUCCCUCCUCAGCCACCCCUCCACCGCCUCCUACACCACCGUCCUCUCCGCGCUCUCCCGCCACGGCCGUCCCCACGAGGCGAUCUCCCUCUUCGCCACCUCCGCGUCCGCGGUCGCCCCCGACGCCGAGCUCCUCUCCUGCCUCGUCUCAUGCUGCCGCCGCGCGUCCGCCUUACUCCCCGCGCGCGCGGCGCACGCCUACGGGAUCAAGAACGUGGCGGCGCUGGCCUUCUACGCCUCGGCAGGUCCGGCGCUGGUCGCCUUGUACGCGAGCCGCGGGAAGGUCGGUGCGGCUAGGAGGGUGUUUGGCUACAUGGACGGCUUGGACGUGGUGUCCUGGAACGCCAUGAUCGGCGGGUUCGCUAGUGCCGGGAUGGACGAGGAGUCGUGGGCCUGCUUCCGGGAGAUGCACUCGAGAGGUGUUCGAGGGAAUGCCCGCACAGCUGUGGUGGUGCUGGGAUCUUGUGACAUGGAGUCCGGCAGGCAGGUCCAUGGGACUAUAGUGAGUAGUCAUGGUGGUUCUUCAAACGCCAUUUUGUGGAACGCGUUGAUGAGCAUGUAUUCGCGUGCCGGCUGUGUCACUGAUGCAGAGAGGGUGUUCCUGGAGAUUGUAAAGAAGGAUGUUGUGUCAUGGAAUGUGAUGAUCGGAGCGUUUGCGAAGAAUGGAUAUGGAGAAAGGGCCCUUGAAUUUGUGGACAUGGUGUUGCAGUGUGGUAUGAAGCCAGACUCUGUGACAUUCACGGCCGUUCUCAUGGCAUGCUGCCAUUGUGGCUUGGUUGAUGAAGGGCUUGUACUAUUCCAGCGCUUUGUGUCAGUUGUUGGGCUCGUUCCAACUAUGGAGCAGUGUGCUUGCAUUGUGGACUUGCUUGCACGUGCUGGGAGGUUUCUGGAGGCCUUGGAAUUUAUCGGCCAGAUGUCAGUGAGACCAAAUACAGUUGUCUGGGGUGCUUUGCUGUCUGCAAGUAAGAUGCAUCACAACGUGGAAUUUGCAAAGAUUGCAUUUGAACAACUGGUUCAGGUGGAGCCUGAGAAUGCUGGGAAUUUUGUGACAAUGUCAAACAUAUAUGCAAAGGCUGGGAUGGUAGAAGAUGCAAAGAGAGUGAGGAUGAUGAUUGAUAGUGUAGAGUUAGCGAAACCUUCUGGAAAAAGCUGCGUGGAAAUUUUGUAGUAAAGCAUAAGACUCCAUGGACUUGUCAGGGUUUCACAUCUUCAAAGAGGAAAGGAUUGCAACAGGGCAAACCAAAUCAUGCGAUUAGUGAUAUGAAGAGACUUGAAGUGCCUGCAUGUUUUGAUGCAACCAGGAAGCUGACUGAAGAUAAAUAUCAGCAAAUGUUACCACAAGAGAUAUAAUAAAACUUAUCCAGUAACAUAUACUGAUCUCCUUAUUAUUUCACAUGAAAUGGUGGCAAAAUAAAACGUAUCCAGGAUGAGGAUGGAGUCAAUUCAAAACUGCUGCUGUUCCCUGCAUGCAUAACUCAUCUCCCAGCACCCAUCCGGUAGAAGUACUGGCGGUAUAAACACAUCAUGACAAAGCUUUCAUGAGAAGAUCUUUGACCUUCCGACUAAAGUUGUCUAUUUGAAUCUGCUCACAUUGAGAUAGUUCUAUUUGCAGACAACAAAAGAUUGAUAUGGAGAAAGGGCUCCUUGAACUUGUAGCCAAUGGUUUGUGACUUAUAAAGACAAUUAUGCAUCAUGGACAAAAUUUUAUCUAGUUCUUAGUUUUGAUCAUUCCUGAAUGUUCUUGUUUCUAAUGAGAGCUAUCUCACUGAGUCACCAGGUCGUGACUUCAAAGCAAUCUCUCCAUAUUUGCGAGGGAAGACUUUUUUGCCUCAUUCUCUAGACCUCACUCAUGUUGGAGCCUCCGACAUUGGGUCUGUCCUGCCUCGAAUGUUCUUGUCUUAGAGCCUUCAUAGAUGAAGGGUAUUUAUUCAGUGAUACAGUAGUGGGGUUCAUUAUCUACACCACUUUGAUCAAUAAAUUAAUGUUUUAUAUUCACAUACAA